ACGGUAUCUUAUUUUACAUUGUAAAUAUUUACCAUAUUAAUUUAAAGAAGACACUACAAAUAUCUGCUGGGGUUCCACCUCAUGUUUCCGCCGUGAUGUAGCUAUGCUUGCAUUGCUGUGUUUCGAUUCGAAAGACCAGCAGCCAUGGAUCCAGCACUUGCAAUAGAAGUGGCAGAAAUGUCCAAACAGAAGGCAAUGAAUGAAGCCCUACAGCGAGGUGACUCCGAGAUACAGAAAUUUUACGCAGGGCGCGUGGUGCUCCUCACCGGCGGGUCAGGUUUCAUGGGAAAACAUCUAAUUGAGAAAUUGUUAAGAGCGUGUAAUUUGAAAUUAAUUUACAUACUAUUGCGACCAAAAAAAGGAAAAUCUGUGGAACAACGGCUUGAGGACGUACUCAUGGAUCCAGUUUAUGAAAAUUUACGAAAUAGACAGCCAAAUUUUAAAAAUAAACUGGUGCCAAUAGUGAGUGACAUGACGGAAAUCGGUCUGGGAAUAAGCACGGAAGAUGUGUUAAAAUUAACGAACGAGGUGGAAAUAAUAAUUCAUGCAGCAGCAACAACCAGAUUUGAUGAUCCUCUGAAAAAAACAACACUGACGAACGUUAGAGGCGUAAGAGAUCUGUUGGCUUUAGCUCGGAGAUGCAAAAAACUUAUAUCUUUUGUUUAUGUAUCUACUGCAUAUAGCGCCGCAACUUAUGACAACAUAAAUACAGAGGUCUUAGAAAAAUUUUAUCCAACUCCUAUAAAUCCGAACACGUUGAUAAAUUUGGCUGAGCAACUUAAUGACGAAACUCUGGAAAAUAUUACUCCUGGAUUAAUAAAAAGAUGGCCAAAUACAUACACGUUCUCGAAAAUUGUAGCAGAAGAUUUGAUAAGAAGCAACGCAAAGGAGUUGCCUAUUUGUUUAAUAAGACCACCUAUUGUAAUUGCAUCUGCGUUAGAGCCUUCUCCAGGGUGGUUGGAUAAGAGUUGUGCAUUUGGUGCCACUGGGAUUAUUAUAGGCCCCGGAUUAGGUGUGAUACAUGCUGCAAUUAUAGACAAAGAUGUCAAAAUGAAUAUGAUGCCUGUUGACAUGGUUAAUAAUUCAAUAAUAGUAGCCGGAUGGGAAACGUCCAGAAGAUGGGUAGUUGGUGACAGGGACAUUCAAAUAUAUAAUAUUUCAAAUUCGCGAAACCCUAUUGUUUCAGGUGAAUUAAGUAAAUUGGUGAAAAUUAAGGGGCAAAAUCUUCAAACACCAAAAGCAAUUUGGUACACUUAUGUUAUUGAAUCGAAAUAUAAGUCUGUUGUAUAUCUACUUACGUGGUUCCUUCAUUUCAUACCGGCGUACUUUGUGGAUGGUAUACUGUCGAUAAUAGGCAAACAACCAAUGUUGAUUAAAAUAUACACGAAAGCGUGGAAAAUUAAUUCACUAUUAUCAUAUUUUAUGAUAAACGAAUGGACCUUUGUUGACAACAAUACUUUAAAUUUAUACCAAAGCCUAUCAAAAACUGAUCAGAACAUUUUCCCAUUUGAUUGUAAAACCCUUAAUUGGGGUGACAUGAUACUCGUUUGGAUUAUAGGAAUCAGAAAGUACAUAGUUGAAGAUGGUUUGAAGAACACAGAUUUGGCUUUGAAGAAACAGUUUUGGUUUAGAAUUCUACAUUAUAUUGUUUCCGCAAUUUAUCUUUACGCUUGGUGGAAGUUUCUUACAUUUUUGUAUUCGAUUCUAUGUACAGUUUUCAAUUUUUAAUGUAUAAUUGGUUCGUAUAGAAACAACAAUAAAAUAAAUAACCUAUUUCUUGAUAUUUUUAUCUAUUAAAUGUGCUAAAUAUUGUACUGUACUAAUUCGAGGGGUAUAAAGACUAAUUUUUUUUAUAACAUAGGACGAAUACAUAGCUUAACUGAUGGUGAGUGAAUACCAAUGCCAAUAGGCAGCUGCAACAGAGAAAUUACAGGACUAAAUGACUAUGUAUUGUAUAUAAUUUAUCUAAGGAUGAAAAUCAUAUUCUAUUAACUAUAAUGUUUAAAUAAUUUAGAAAUAAAUAUAUUAUAAUCUG